AACAGGGCGGACUGGCAGAAAAUGAAAGUAAAGUCAAACCACAGCAAGAGAACGGGAGGAAAAACAUACAGCGAGGCCAUCUAGUACUCCGGGUGACUACAGUGAUUUCUUUUUUGACAAAAUGGACGUGCUGACUUCAAGGAGGAUCAUCCUGCUGGGGAAAACUGGAGUUGGGAAAAGCAGCCUGGCUAACACCAUACUGGGAGAGACAUGGUUCACCCCAAACCAUUCUCCCAACUCUGGAACAAGUGGAUGUCAAGCAAAAACGAAAUCUGUCAAUGGAGGAAGCAUCACUUUGAUCGACACUCCUGGUGUCUUUGAUUCAGGCAGCUCAGUGGAGGAGGUGAAGAAAGAGAUAGCGAGGUGCAUCACAGAGUGUGCUCCUGGGCCUCAUGCUUUUCUCAUUGUGCUUAAAGUGGAGAAAUUCACCGAGCAGGAGCAGGCUGUCAUCAACAAAAUAUGCCAAUAUUUCUCUGAAGAUGCUCUGAAAUAUGCUGCUAUUGUCUUCACUCAUGGUGACCAGCUCCCGGAAGGGAUGAAAAUUGAAGAGUAUGUUAGUCAGAAUAAGAAUCUGAGUGACCUGGUGAAGAAGUGUGCCGGUUGGUGCCACGUUGUUGAUAAUAAAUACUGGAAGAACAACAAAGAGGACAAUUACAGAUGCAACGAGUUCCAGGUGGCGGAGCUGCUGAACACACUGGACAAGAUGGCCGAGGUAAACCAAGGAAGCUGCUACACCAAUGAGAUGCUACAAGCAGUGAAGAGAGAAAUUCAGAGGGCGGAAGAGCUCAUUGGACAGUCAUCAGGAAAUAUGGCACAGGAAGAGAUCAGAAAACAGGCUAGAACUAGUGUUGUUAACAAAUUACUGAUCACAUCAGCAGGUGUUGCAACAGGUGCAUUGUUAGGAGCUUUGCUUGGUGUGGCAAAGAUGAUUAUGUCAACUGUUAGGAAUCUUCAGGACCUUUCAGACUUUUCAGUAGCAGCAGGAGGAAGAGCAACAGUGGCAUCCACUGCACAAAGUGAGGGAGUAAAGGGUGGCCUGAUAGGAUUUAAAGCAUCUGAAGAAGCAGAAAGUCCAGUGGAAGCCAUGCAGAUGGCAGCGGAGGCUGUCUGGAGGCAAUCUGGGGUUGCACCAGGUCAGAACAACAAAUAAAGCCUCUGCGAUAAAAAGAGUGGAGCAGAAAGUUUGAGAAUGUUUUUACAAAAAACAUAUAAAUCAUGUUAAAACCAACUGGAAGCAUUAGGCUGCUUGUUUUACGGAUGGAUGAGGCAUGUAAAUCAUCAACUUAACUGGAGUCAGGGUUAUAAUAAUUUCUGCCAAUAGAGAAUAUCAGUGUGAUUAAUGUUCUACCGCUACAGGGUAAAUAAUUAGCAUACUUUUAAGAAAUUAAUGAUGACGACAUGUUAUUCAAUUUAGAAUAAAAUAGAAUAAUCUAUGACUGUUGUUUCCUUUACACUUGUAAUGACUUUGAGAUGCUGAAUAAUAGUCCUGUUUUCAUUAGUUUGAUUCUUUAUGGAGUUUUUCCAUUUUUGUUCUGAGUCAUUCAACAAUAGCUGUGUGUUGUGUGGUGAAGUUUUUUUUUCCAGUCUCUCUCUUUUAGUGCCAGAUUUAAUAAAUUCAAGGCUUUCACUUUUGAAACACCCCUUAGGUAAAUCAAGCUUAAUUAUGUAUGGGAAAGAUAAAGGACAUUUAUUAUCAUAUUGUGAUGACUGAUUUUUACAUGAUUUAACUCUUUACUUUACACUUAUCCAUGACUUUUGGAUAAUCUGUUGAAGUCUCUGUUUUGUUGUGCUACAAAACAUUCAAUAUACAAUUUGAGGUUUUAAAAAUUUCCAUUGACCAAAUUGAGUUUUAGUCACAAUUUGAGAGGUUUUCAAAGAUUGCAGCCCGUUCAUAAAUAUUCUGAGAACACGUGAUAUCACACAGGCCACAAGGACAUGCAUAGAAUAUCCAAUAUUGCCCUCUUCGGUUCAUUUCAUGCAAGUCUUGGAAUAGCAUGUGUGUCUGUCAUUUCCCUUUUCUGCAUAUUUCAAUAAAGU